AAUAAGCACGUGAAGUUUACGAAAGUYAAGUAAAAUACACGUUUUUGAGCUCAAGUAAUGGAGGUAUUGCGUUCUAACUUCUUGGAGACACUGCMUAUUGUAUCMGAAGCUAUYGARUCUGCAGCUUUUGUCGCGAUUGAUGCAGAAUUCUCAGGUUUGAAUACAAAAUGGAGGAUUGAAAAUGCAAUUGACAGUCCGCAAGAACGCUACUCAAAACUAAAGAAUACUUCCAAGGAUUUCAUUAUUAUACAAUUUGGUUUGUGCACCUUUUCUUUUGACACUCAAAGGAACUGUUAUGUAGCAAAACCGUUCAACUUCUACAUCUUUCCAAGACACUUAACCCGUGACAGUCCAGAUGUACGUUUUCUUUGCCAGAGUUCCAGCAUAGAUUUUCUCGUCGGCCAUAAUUUUGAUUUUAAUAAAUGGGUACGCGAGGGAAUCUCAUAUCUUCGACCAUAUGAUGAGGAUAAACUUAGGAUGCAUUUUCAAGAGCGACAUGAACAAAGUUUUGGACCAUUUACKUCUCCAGGGGACACUUUGAAUGCCAGCUCUCCAGCAGGAUCAACUACAUCAACAAAGAGUUCCUCUUCAAAGACUCCUGUGAUUAUCCCACCAGAGCAUCAGCCUUUCGUUGAGAAGGCRUGCAAUGAAAUAGAAGAGAUGCUKAAAGAUCCWGAAGGAAAGACCACUAGUUUACCACCAUGUAAUGGGUACUUGAGRAAACUGAUAUACCAGAGUGCRAAGCAAAAGUUUACUUCAGGAAUCCAACUUGAGAAAACCACUAACGAGAAAAGAGAAUGCUACAUUGUGGUUACCAAAGUCAAUGAGGAUGAAAAAAAGAAGUUGGAAGAACAAAAACAGUCMAAAGAAAAACAAGUAAUUGAAAGUGCUGUUGGUUUUUCAACUGUGGUCAAGAUGCUUUCCCARUCUGGCAAGCUCAUUGUYGGCCACAAUAUGCUUCUUGAUCUAAUGCACUUGAUUCAUCAGUUUUGUUGCCCRCUACCUGAUGAUGUUGAUGAAUUCAAAGCAACUGUCCAGGCUUUGUACCCAAGAAUCGUUGACACAAAAGUCAUGGCAACUACACAACCCUUCAGAGAUCAACUACCAUCUACCGUUCUUGGUGAUUUAGUUAAGCACCUUUCUGUGUCACCAUUCAAGAAGCCAGUAGUAAACCUGGAUGAAGAGUUUACUAGGUAUAAUGAUGGGACUGAAAGUCUUCAUGAAGCUGCAUAUGAUGCCUACAUUACUGGCCUGUCCUUCGUCUCCAUGGCCAACUACUUAGGGUGCUUUCAGGAUCCCCCAAAAUCAAGAAUUUCUCCUGAUUCAACCUUAGUGUCUCCAUUUGUGAACAAAAUCUUUCUUAUGAGAAUGGAAGAUAUUCCAUAUCUGAAUCUUGCAGGUGAAGAUCUGAAACCUGCCAGAGAUCAUGUGUUUCAUCUAACAUUCCCAGCCACCUGGAAGUAUAGCGAUAUACUUGACUUGUUUAGUCCUUUUGGAUUUGUCUAUGUAUCUUGGGUUGAUGAUCAUUCAGCCUUUGUCUCCCUUGCUGUGAGAGGAAACAAGAAUAAAGUUUUGAAUACUUUGGAUGUUGAYGGUGCCGGGUACUCAAUUGUGUCAUAUGCAGAGUACUUUGGCUACACAGAACAAGAAUCUGAAUAUGCUGAGGAAUACGAAGGAGGAAGCAAGAGACAAAGAAGUGGGGRUUUUUCUCCUUUGAUUGAAAAGAAACAGAGAAAGCGCGAUGCCUCCUCAUCAAAUGACACAUCAGCAACUAAUUCUGAGAAGAAGGCAGAAASCAGUGAGCCAGAAGAAGGAGAAAUCUUUGAUGAAGCUGAAGAACCAGCUACAAAAAGAAAAAAGACYGACAAAAACUUUGAAGAACCUGAAGAUUGGUAGUGGAUAAAAUAUUUUCAAAACGUCUAUUCAAUUAGAAUUUGAAAUUCUUCUUAGUGUUUAAAUAUUUGUAUUAUUGAUGCAAAGGUUAGGAGCUACUCCCAAGAAAAAGCAAUCUAUAAUAUACUUCUAACCAGAAACMUAUAAGGGRCAUGAAACGUGUAACGCCAUGCCAACCGUUGGAAUAUUCAAAUCUAAUUUGCAUCUCAUUUCCUUAUUUGGAACAAUAAAAUUUACCCUAUAGUCAACCAGRACAGGCCUUAAAUCWCUUAUCCAACGGCUGAAUUUUCCAAAUAUGGUCAUAACRUUUGUUUUCGAAUUUUUAACGAGCUUUGAAUAUUCCGACGCUUGGUACUAAAGAAAUCUAAGGGAGUUACACAUUUCAAGUCCCUUAUAGAUUUCUGUUCUAACUUUAUAGUACAUAAUGUAAAGAGUUAUUGACCGCAAGACUAGUGUGAUUUCCUUGGAGUAUUUAAAUUCCAUGUUCUUUUAUAGACUUUCAGAAACUUUCCAACAUACUUUCCUGUUAAUGACACCUUCCACUUAAAUUCUUUUUACGCUUGCAUUACUCAAAUUAAUUAUUUGUCACAACAAAAAAAUAACAGAUUACAAUUAAUAGUAGAGUUAGGUACAGCCUGGAUGCCAGCUGGAGAUUAAUGGUUAUGUAAGCUGGAAGCAUAUCAUUAAUUGGCAUUAAAAACUAACAACAUCUAAAAAAGGAACACUGUUUAGUUUCUUUUUGAAAUUAGAGAUGAUUUUGAGAAGAAAAUAUAAUACUAGAAAAUAUAAUGAGAGUCUGACCUGAAUAUCCUGCCAUAAGAUUAUAUAUAUUAUCAUACAAGUCAAACUUUUGGGGUUGCACUGACAAACUAGCAACUACAGAAUAAGUAAUUGAAUAGUAUAUAUUUGAAAACUGAAAAUGAAAGGCAUUGCUUUUUAAUAUUUUAAUCAAAUAUUAUAAAGUAAUAUGGAUAAAUGGCUUCUUGCAUUGUCCCCAAAUCAAUGGUUUAAUACUACAUAUAUUACCAGAAUUUCAGCUUAAGUUGAAAUUAUUGCUUUAUAGAAGUCACCUUUACAUAAAUCUACAAUCAGCUUCAACUUACAUUAACUUGCAACGAUUUGAUAAAAAACACUUGAAUAAAAAAACAGUAUAUCUUC